GCGGCGGCGGCGGCGCGGGGGGCUGGGGGCGGCCCGGGAGGGCGGCUCUGCACCGGGCUCUGCACCGAGGGACCCGGCUGCCCCCGAGGGAGAGGCCCUCCGGCACCCCCCAUACUAGCAGUGCCUGCGCCAGCCCUCCCGGAGCAGGGGGAAGAUGAAGCGCUUGCUCUGGAGGAGAUCGGUGACGGGCUGUGCUGCAGCCCGUGGUGCCAGGCCACGCAGAUGUGCCUCCAGCUCUUCCGCCAGCCUCCCGCUGCCGGGGAAGCCGGACCAGGACCCUGACGGAGGGCAGCGGCGCAUGAACCCGCUCAACAUCCAGAUGCUCUCCAGGACGCUCCAUGAGCAGAUCUUCCGGGGAGCCCAGGUGCAGUACUCGGAGGAGGAGAUCCGGCGCAGCGUGGAGCACCUGCAGAAGCACGACCUGUGGGGCAAGGAGACCUCUACGCUCCCCGACGUGGACCUGCGCCUGCCCCGCAUGUACGGCGACAACAUCGACGAGCACUUCCGCCUCCUGGCGCAGAAGCAGAGCCUGCCCUACCUGGAGGCGGCGCACGAGCUGCUGCAGUGCGAGGUGCCGCCGGUGCCCGCCCGGUGGGCUUGGCAGGUCGGCUGGACUCGCUACGGGCCCGACGGGCAGGCGGCGGCCGUGGACUUCCCCGAGGAGCGGGCGGUGGUGUUCGACGUGGAGGUGUGCCUGGCCGACGGCCAGUGCCCCACGCUGGCGGUGGCGGUCUCGCCGACGGCCUGGUACUCGUGGUGCAGCACGCGGCUGCUGGAGGAGCGCUACUCCUGGUCCAGCCGCCUCACCCUGGCCGACCUCAUUCCCCUGGAGGGUCCCGGCGGUGGGCAGCAGCCGGAGCGAGUGGUGGUGGGCCACAACGUCGCCUUCGAUCGGGCCUUCGUUAAGGAGCAGUACCUCAUCCAGGGCUCCCGCGUGCGGUUCCUGGACACCAUGAGCAUGCACAUGGCCAUCUCGGGGCUGACGGGCUUCCAGCGUAGCCUCUGGAUGGCCGCGAAGCACGGCAAGAGGAAGGGGCUGCAGCAGGUCAAGCAGCACAUGAGGAAGACGCGCGGCCGGAGCGAGGAGCCCGCGAUCGCCUCCUGGGACUGGGUGAACGUCAGCAGCAUCAACAACCUGGCGGACGUGCACGCGCUGUACGUCGGCGGCGAGCCGCUGGAGAAGGAGGCGCGGGAGCUGUUCGUCAAGGGCUCCAUGGCCGACGUCAGGAGGAACUUCCAGGACCUGAUGACAUACUGUGCCCGGGAUGUCCAGGCCACCCACGAGGUGUUUCAGGAGCAGCUGCCGCUCUUCAUGGAGAGGUGCCCCCACCCUGUGACGUUUGCAGGGAUGCUGGAGAUGGGGGUGUCCUACCUGCCGGUCAAUGGGAACUGGAAGCGGUACCUGGACGAUGCUCAGGGCACCUACGAGGAGCUGCAGAAGGAGAUGAAGAAAUCCCUGAUGAACCUGGCCAACGAUGCCUGCCAGCUGCUGCACGAGGACAGGUACAAGGACGACCCCUGGCUCUGGGAUCUCGAGUGGGACACGCAGGAGUUUAAGCAGAAGAAGAAACCCACGAGGAAGAAGGAUCGGGAGGUGAACGCCAACGCUGCCGAGGCGGCUGCGGGCGCCGCCGAAUCCGCGUGCGAGUGGCAGGAGGACCCCGGCCCCCCCAGCGAGGAAGAGGAGCUGCACGUCCCCGAGAGCCGGGCCUGCCUGGAGCGCCUGAAGGCGACGGUGACGCUGCAGCCCAAGAGGCUGCAGCACCUGCCGGGCCACCCGGGCUGGUACCGGAAGCUGUGCCCGCGGCUGGAGGACGCGGACUGGGUGCCGGGUCCCAGCCUCAUCAGCCUGCAGAUGCGGGUGACGCCGAAGCUGAUGCGCCUGGCCUGGGACGGCUUCCCGCUCCACUACUCGGAGAAGCACGGCUGGGGCUACCUGGUGCCGGGCCGGCAGGACAACCUGCCGGAAGCCGCCUCGGAGGCCGAGGGCCCGCUCUGCCCGCACAGGGCGAUCGAGGGACUGUACCGGCGGCACUGCCUGGAGAAGGGCCAGGAGCCGCCGCCGGCGCCCGAGGCCGCCGUGGAGGACGAGCUCCUGGUGAUGGACGGCAGCGCUGUGUGGCAGAAGGUGGAGGAGCUCAGCCGCCUGGAGGUGGACGUGGAGGAGAAGACGGGCACAGCGGAGCAAAGCCCAAUGCUGGAGGAGGCGGCCGAGCUGGAGGAGGCGAGCAGCCAGCCCUCGUACCACCACGGCAACGGGCCCUGCAACGACGUCGACGUCCCCGGCUGCUGGUUCUUCAAGCUGCCGCACAAGGAUGGGAACGACAACAACGUCGGAAGCCCGUUUGCGAAGGACUUCCUGCCGCGGAUGGAGGACGGCACCCUGCGGGCGGCCGUCGGGCGCACCCACGGGACGAGAGCCCUCGAGAUUAACAAGAUGGUCUCGUUUUGGAGGAACGCUCACAAAAGAAUCAGUUCCCAGAUGGUCGUGUGGCUGAAAAAAGGGGAGCUGCCUCGCGUGGUGACCAGGCACCCGGACUACAGCGAGGAGGAGGAUUACGGAGCCAUCCUGCCGCAGGUGGUGACCGCGGGCACCAUCACCCGGCGGGCCGUGGAGCCCACCUGGCUGACAGCCAGCAACGCCCGGGCCGAUCGCGUGGGCAGCGAGCUGAAAGCGAUGGUCCAGGUCCCACCGGGCUACUCGCUGGUUGGUGCAGACGUGGAUUCCCAGGAGCUCUGGAUAGCCGCGGUCCUCGGCGAGGCGCACUUCGCUGGCAUGCACGGUUGCACAGCUUUUGGCUGGAUGACGCUGCAGGGGAAAAAGAGCAACGCAACAGACCUGCACAGCAAGACGGCUGCCACAGUGGGCAUCAGCCGGGAGCACGCCAAAAUCUUCAACUAUGGGCGCAUCUACGGGGCCGGGCAGCCCUUCGCCGAGCGCCUGCUCAUGCAGUUCAACCAUCGGCUGACGCAGCAGCAGGCGCGUGAGAAGGCGCAGCAGAUGUACGCCGUCACCAAGGGCAUUCGGAGGUUUCAUCUGUCCGAGGAUGGGGAGUGGCUGGUGAGGGAGCUGGACCUGUCUGUGGACAGGGCAGAAGAUGGUUCGGUGUCGGCCCAGGAUGUCCAGCGGGUCCAGAGAGAGGCCGUGAAAAGCAGGUCUCGAACAAAGAAGAAGUGGGACGUGGUGCACCACCGAGUGUGGGCUGGAGGAACGGAGUCCGAGAUGUUCAACAAACUGGAGAGCAUCGCCUUGUCCGCCUCUCCGCAGACGCCGGUGCUGGGCUGUCACAUCAGCAGAGCCCUGGAGCCUGCUGUGGCCAAGGGGGAGUUUCUGACCAGUAGAGUGAACUGGGUGGUGCAGAGCUCUGCCGUCGACUACCUGCACCUCAUGCUGGUGUCCAUGAAAUGGCUCUUUGAGGAAUUUGACAUAAAUGGGCGCUUCUGCAUCAGCAUUCACGACGAAGUGCGCUACCUGGUCCAGGCGCAAGAUCGCUACCGGGCAGCCCUGGCUCUGCAGAUCACCAACCUCCUCACACGGUGUAUGUUUGCCUAUAAACUGGGCCUCCAGGAUCUGCCACAGUCAGUAGCUUUUUUUAGUGCAGUGGAUGUUGACCAGUGCUUAAGGAAAGAGGUGACCAUGAACUGUGCAACCCCAUCAAAUCCAACGGGGAUGGAGAAGAGAUACGGCAUCCCUCAAGGGGAAGCGCUGGAUAUAUAUCAGCUAAUUGAAAAAACUAAAGGCUCACUGGAGAAGAAAUUAUGAAGCUAAAGGGACAGAAUGACUGUUGUCCAGAGAGUGUGCCAGUGUCUGGCUGUGCUUUCAGAAGCAGAUCCUCUGGCAGGGUGAUCACAGCAGAGCUGCUUUGCUUUUGCUGGAAGAAUAGAUGCUCCUGAGGACCAACAGCAGCACAUUCUAACGACAUAGGCACCUCCCAGGGCAGCAGCUAGCUGUAAGACCUGAGACACUGGCUGCAGUCACUGCUUGUGUGCCCAUGGGCAUGAAGGAAGUAGUUCCAAAUAUUUGUCAAUGGCAAAAACAAACAGUUAUCUUCAUGCACAGAGUUCUCCAAGACUGAGGUGAGUCUGCUACAGAAUAGGCACUGUGGGAGGAGGAGGAGGCUGUAACCACAGCUUUAUUUUUUUCGUUGUCUCUUCUUUUUGGGUUCCUGGUUCUCAUCUGGUUGCUCUGCUGUGCUGCUCUGAGGAGAGAGAGUACCAGCACAGACAGUGAAUGUCUUUGCGUGACUACACUGAGAGCUUACCUAAGACAAGGAACCUGAUGUGCAGAACAGCAUUUAGCUCUUUUUCCUCCCUAACAAGUGGCCCGAAAUACGGGACUCUCCUGCCCCACUGAAACUUUCCCUGAGGGACCCCUUCAUGCUGUAACUCAAAGCCCAAACUAUGAAUGGUAUAAGAUAGGGACCGUUUUUUCUUUCCUUCUUUUUUUUUUUUCCUAAACAGUGCGGGACUUUGGCUUGUUGAAAUAUUGAGGGGAAAUAUGGACAGAAGCAUCAAUAAAAUUCUGGACAAUCAGUAAAGGAAAAUGGUUUACUACUUCUCCAGAACAGGCUGUGCUACCUUCACCAAAAUUAACUGCGCAAGGAAAAUGAUGCCUUGCAGAGAUUGCCCUGUCAGCUGUUCCUCUACAAAAUUUAACUCGGAUUUAGAACUACUUGAAUUUGUAUAGGCUCUUUAUGCCAUCAUGCUGCAAAGUUCUGAUGCCAGCGAGCAAUUCCUCAAAGGGAAUGGUGACAGAUAACUCUGCUUAGGAUGCAACAGUCUGAGGCAGACAGCACUAAGGGCUUAAAAGCAGUCUGUUCCUAAGACAAGAGAUACAGAAGACUGAUACAUGAACUUAAAACUCACUCAAGGCAGAGGGCUGGACAGGAGGGGCCCCAAGCUGGGCUACCUGCAUUUGUUCAAAUGGUUUGAGUGUUAAAGUAAGGACUAAUCCAGGAAAGACUGAACUAUCCUAAUUUUACAUAUAUCUAAAGGACACGUAAAUACAGCUGGCCCUUAGAGAGGGGGAGUUCCAGGAACUAGAGCAACCAAGCAAAUUCCAACCUGGUCAUUGUCUGGCUCAUUCUCAGCAUCCUCUGUGUUGUGCUCCUGCAGUGCGCUCUCCAGCAUGGAUGCAUUGAUGCGGAAAUCCCGGGAAGUGCUUAGCUUCAUGUAUUGCAUCAAGUUCACCUGUAACAACCAAAGUGGGAGGAAUAGAAUAGAACAGCAUUAGAAUCUUAGUGUAGUCCUCUGAACAGCACUAGGACCAAGUUCCUCACAGUAAUGAUGUAGCAUUGCAGCAAAACGUAGAUGAAAAAGCAUCUGACCCCAUGCAAGCCACUGGCCCAUUUCUG